CUUCAUGCAUCGAUUCUAAACCCGUUCCUACUGCGUAGAGCCUCGCCUUCAAAAGACGUACUCCUUUUUCAACAACUCCUUCACUCGGGCUCCCACUCGAAUAAUCCGGGCAACGCCGCGCGCAAAGCGACCCUCACCACAUAUUGAGAAAAGCGAGCCAGAAGAGAGAAGCAGCAGCAAAAUGGUGGGGCAACGUCUCCGGGCACUGCAAAUCGCGGCGGCGACGAUAGCAGCGACGCUCCUGCUGCUCCAGCCGGCCUCCGCUCUCCCCAACGAAGCCGCCGUGAUGGCCCGGAAGCAGGAAGUGGCCGAUCCCGCGCCGAGCGUCUGGGUGAGCGUUGAUCCAAAGGGCAGCCCCCACACCUUCUCGCCAGUCGUGACCGAGGUCGGCGGCAAGACGACGACCAUCUCCGCGCCGCCCUCCAGCCUGACCAAGACGGCGACCUACACGCUGUCUCCCAGCGGCCAGCCAUCGACGGUUACCGGGGUUGCGCCGGUGGCGACCGCGAAGGACAGCAACGGAGAGGGACUCUUCCUGGCCUGCGAGGUCUACCAAGGCGCCGGAGCUCCAUUCUGCCAACCAAAGGGAGGCAGUCUGUUGAACCCGGGGAAGUCAUACUAUAUCACAUGGACACCCUCCUACUUCGCCGACCCCGACAGCAUGGUCCAGUUCCAAGCCGACUACAAAGAUGGCGACAGCGACGGCUUCACAUCCGACCGCAUCCCCGCCAGCCAGGGCUACUUCGUGUGGACCAUCGCGCCCGACUUCCUGACCAAGCAGGGCCACCCCUCCCUCGACGUGUCCCUCUUCCUCGCCUACUCGGACGACAACGCCGCCGACCUCCAGGACCGCGUCGCCGGCCCGUCCAUCGUCAUCACCAAUGCCGAGAAGGGCAGCGACACCGGCGGCGGGGGCAGCAAAAGCGUCUCCCCCGCCGCCAUCGCCGUCCCGAUCAUCGUCGUCGUCGUCCUCGCCAUCCUCGGGGCCGUGUGCUUCAUGUCGUGGAGACGGCACGGCACACUUCCGCUGGUGGGCGCCAUCGGGUCGGCGCGCCGGCGCUCCGGCAGCCAGGGCUACGGCAUCCGGCAGAGCAGGUCGCAGCGCGUCGGCGGCGGCGAUGGCGGGGUCGGGAUCGGGGCCGGUGGUGUGGGUGUGGACGAUAAGAACAGGGGGGCAGCGGGGAACGCGGGCGGGAUUCAGUUGACGGAUCGGGAUAGCUGGUCGCCUACGGGGGCGGCGGACGGGCGGGGCCGUAACGUCUUCCGGGAGGAGAUGGAGAGGCAGCAAGAUCGGGGCCGGUGACGGCCUGUCUGCUCUGAUAGUUAGGUAGUGAGUACUGCGAGGGAGUGGCUGGGGUGUGGGGCACGGGGGCUGGGCUGAGG